AUGACCGGUUACAAGAGAGCUAAACUCAGUCAGUUAAAUAGGUUAGUUACUUUGAAAAACAAAAAUUCGGCACAGAAACACCAUGCUUCCAAUGUGACAUCCAAAUCUAUCAGUGAUUUAAAUUUAGCGAAGAAGCUGGAAAGUUUGUUAGGACAAGCAACGUGUACUUCAUAUCCAGAUCACAAGAUACAAUCAAUUCUUUGUUCUGUUGAUAAAAUCAAGAACAGUUACUUGCGCAGUGAACGUCCUCCACAAGGAGCAUGUGAAAUGCCAGAUAUCGGAAUUCAUCCGUAUGUACCGAAAGGUCAACAGUCAUUCUUCGAUCUGCCUGGCCUUUUAGAACAUCCGAAUAUCUCUGUACACUUACCCUUACUAGAGAAAAAAGAUAAUUCUUCCAGUUCCAUUAAAAACAAUGAAAAUUAUUGCAGUCUUGUUCUUAUCAUAUCUGUUGCAGUCUGUUUAUUUGCUGUUUGCCUAUUAUUUUAUUGGCGAACCAAUAAUUCUGGUAUUAGAAAAUCUUUCCGCGGCUUCAAUGUCCUGAUCACUGGUGGCUCAAGCGGGAUCGGUUUAUCUCUAGCUAAGCUGUUUUACGGAGCUGGCGCAAAUGUAACUAUCCUUGCUCGAGACCUGAAAAAACUGCAGUCUGCACGGGAAAUCAUAAAAUGUGGGAAAGAUAGGAAUAAUGAUGUAUUCAUUCUGUCUGUUGAUCUGACUUCAAAGUAUGGUGUUUUGGAUGAAAUCCUGAGUAAUCACGUCGCUGUUCUUGGAUCUGUCGAUAUUUUAGUAAAUUGUGCAGGCUACGCUGUUGCGCGCAAGUUCUUGGAUACUCCUACUGAUGAUAUUGAGGGAAUGCUGCAUCUCAAUUACUUAUCUGCUGUUCAUGUAACAAGAAUUUUAUUACCUUACAUGUUAGACCAGAAAGUUCACCAAACUUACGAGCGACGCAUAGCCUUUGUUUGUAGUCUUGCUAGUCAAGUUGGUGUUUAUGGUUAUGCAGCGUACACAGGAAGUAAAUAUGCUUUACGUGGUUUCGCAGAGACUUUGGAAACUGAAUUAGGAAAUAAAGGCCCGUUCAUAACAAUUGCUUUUCCACCAGAUACAGACACUCCAGGAUACCUUCGUGAAAAUGUUGGUAAACCAGUUGCAACUAAAGCUAUUUCGUCUACUGCUGGUUUAGCAUCACCGGAUGAUGUAGCCAAGUCUGUUUAUCUGGAUAUAAUAAAUGGAAAAUUGAUUAGUACAUAUGGACUAGAGGGAGCAUUUCUUUCUUGGAUAUCUGCUGGUAUAUUUCCUCCUGUAAGUGUACGAUGUCGUUAUCUUACUGAUUUUCUUCCGGGUAUUAUUGGUGCUUGUUUGGAGAUUUUAGCUGCAACACCACUUCGUGCUAUUGGAAUUGUAUAUGCUUUCUGGAUGCGAUAUAUUUCAUUUAAAUAUAGUGAAUAA